CUGAGUUCUACCGUUUUAGAUUCAUAGUUUCUCUCCUCGCCCCCUGAAAUUUUGAGCAAAAAACAAAAACACGAAAAGAUCUGUCGCAAACAUCACUCUUUUGUUAAAUGACGUCAUAAUACCAUCAAAUUAUUUUGCGUUUGAUUUUAUCUGGGUUACCCAUUGAAUAUUCUGGCUACAUAGAAGAAGGUUGUAUUAAAGUUAACAGGAAAGACACUAUCUACACAAACCGGAAGAAAUGAAUAUUUGGAUUUUUUAUACAGCCACGUUAACAUACUGUACUCAAGACUUUGUCUCUACUUUGAAUUUUGAUAACACGCAAGAUACAUUGUCAUAUGCUAAUUACCCCUCAUGGACGGAUACCACAGAUGGGCAGGGAACAUUAGAGCUCAGAUUCAAAACAAAUCAGCGAAAUGGAAUUUUAUUGGCGUGUAACGACGGAAAAGCUAAAAGAAAUUCGUUUCAUUUGGAAUUAAAAGGCGGAAAAUUGUAUGUCAAUUUCAAAAUGGGAGCAGAUGAUUAUCUAAGUACGAAAAAAAUCGGCAUUGGGAGUAUGUGGAAUGACAUGGAGUGGCAUCAUGUAAAAGUCACACGAAAUUUUCGUGAUGUAACCGUUAGUAUUGAUACUAUUGAAAAAACAUUCACAUCAGAAGGCGCGGCAGAUCGACUUUUCUUGACAUCACAUGUGUACGUCGGUGGAGAUCCUGAUAAGGAAUUUGAUGGCGAAGGAUUCACUGGAUGUAUAGAAGGUUUGGCUUAUCCUUUCGGUCGAGAAAAAGAGUACCCGUUAUCUCGAGAGGGCUUGGUCAGCAAUAUCUGUCUGGACAAAUGCUCACAAAACGAUCGAGAAAAACUUAAGUGCGAAAAUAAUGGCCGUUGUGUUAAAUAUUUCAAAGAAACUACAUUUAAGUGUGAUUGUUCAACAACUGGAGCAUCGGGCGCUACUUGCUCAAAAACAGAACCAGUGCUGUUUCUCAAAAGAUCGACUAUCAUUUCACGCUUUGUUCAAUAUUUGAGGGUUAAUAGAGUGAAUAAAAUCGAGUUACGAUUCCGAACGAAUCAAGAAUCGGGAAUUAUUCUACACGUGGGAGAUAGUCAACAUUUUAUCCUUAUUGAGCUUGUAAAAGGCGUCAUAAAAGUAAAAAUAUCCCUUGGAACAGGAUCUCUAACAUUGUCAGCAGGUAAUGGAAGACUCCAUGAUGGAGGGUGGCACUCUGUGUUAUUUAAAAGAUACGGACAGCAAGCUUUUGUCAACAUAGAUUCUGAUAGAUUUAUCGAGGAGAAGUCGUUUCAAUACUAUCCAACAAAAAUUUGCAAGGAAGGAAAAGAAAAGGUGAAACUGCUACUUGGAGGACAUACUAAUGCUCGCCAUUUAAAGAUAUCAGAAAGCGAACAAAAUUUAGAAGGUUGUUUUCAACAAGUUAAAUAUUACCAGGGAGAUUUUUUUGGAAUUGACUUGUUAAAGAAAGCCUUGAUGAGGAAUUUAUACGCGCGAUUACAAGGAAACAUUUCAACCGGCUGUCCAGUUACAAGAAUACCAAUAUACUCGACAUCAACUUCGGUCGUCACAUAUACAUCUUCCCCUGAUGCCACUACAGACUUUACUACGCAACCAGGCGAUCACAUGCAAGCACAGCAACAGCAUAAAACAUCAGCAAACAAGUUAAGUCAGAGUACAGUCGCAUGGAUAACAGGAGGAAUUUGUAUAGGUUCCAUAGCCAUGAUAUUCACACUGGCUUGUGGUUUUCAUUUCAUCCGAAAACGAUAUAGUGGGAAAUUUCUGGCACAUUCAGAUGGAAGGUUAAGAAAAUCAGCGUACGGAACGACAACUACUAUGCAUGCGAUUGAUGAUGAUUUUAACAUUCAUUCGAUGAAACGCAACAAGCCGACCACUGUGUGA